AUGGAGCUGGCCUGGAGCUGCUGCUUCUUGCUCUCCUCCUGCGCGCGCGCGCUCCGGCGGCUGCUCCAGCUCCCCGCGCUCCUCUGCUGCGAGGCCAUGGCGUGGGCGCUCACCUUCAUCGCCUUCCCCCUCCGCAUGCUCACCGCCGUCGAGAGGGAGCGCAAGAUGGGUCGGCUGGUUGCGGAGAUGCAGGCGCAGAUGGACGACCUGGCGUGGGAGAACACGGCGCUGGAGGACAGGCUGCGGGCGGCGCUCCGCGACCAGGAGGCCGUGGAGGCGGUUCUUGACGAGAUGGAGGACGAGCACGAGGACGCCCUUGCCAGGAUCCAUGUCCUCGAGACACAGCUCAAGGCGCUGAGGCAGGAGAACAUGCGGCUGAACGAGCACAAGGGAAAGUCCAAGUGGGACAAGCCCACGGGGCCGGCGGCGGCUCGCCACGGCAGCGGCGGCAGCCCCGCGUCCGAGCCUGACAAGAAGCCGGCGAAUCGUGGGCGGGGAGACGAAGACGUGGCGGCUGCAAAGCGUGCCGACCCGGCGUCGGUGCUCGCGCUGACGACGGAGGCGGCCUCGUCGGUGUCGUCGAGCGCGGCCGCGGACGAGGCCCUGGCGACGGCGGUGGCGCGGCGCUGGAGCCUGUUCAGCCUGGGCAUGUCGCUGGCGGUGGGCGCGGUGGCGUGGUCGGCCGACGCGCCGUGCCUGCCGCUGAUGGCGGGGCUGUUCGCCGUCGUGGGGACAGAUGAAUUCUGCUUCCAGUUCCAGUUCCAGUUCCAGAUGACUGGUGCAUUUCCAUAUCGGAAUCUCCCUUUCCAAGUUCCAACAAUGGCUUUGAGUGACAAUCUGUCUUUCUCUGGGACAGUUCCAUCCAUGCCAACUCGCUUUUUCUGUAUUGUUUGGCACAAACAAUUGUAA